CGACGCUUCCUCUCUCAGUACGCGUCCAACAUCGCGAACGUCGCGACGCCGACGCUCUUAGUGGUGCGCUUCGGGGGCAUGUGACUUGUUUUGAAAACCAAUUUUCCCGCUUAACAACAGGACAUCAACUGUGUGGAUUAUUUAAAAAAAAAUUGAGAUAAAAAUUCGAUUUGAUAAUGUUUUUGAAAAAUUAAAUUUGCUUUUUAUUCGAAAAAUUGAAUUUUUGAUUUGUGCUUAAAAAAAUGAUGUAAGAUUUUUAUUAAGAGAAAAUAAGUUAUGUUGUGGAUUGAUUAAAAUAAAUCGAACUUGUCAUAUUAAAAUCUUAAAAGAAAUUGUUUUUAUCAACUUGUGAAGGUGAAUAUAAACUGUUUAAAGGUGACUCGCUUGAAGAGGACAAGAUCUGACACCCAACAUCAUCGAAAAGAUGGAGGAGUUGUGGUGAUGGAAAAGGGUGGAAGCGGCACGUUGGGCCGUCGUGGCCUUAAGGGAGCUCUUGGACCCGCCGGAAUGAGGCGACAGAGGAGUCUUGAGUGGCGUCAAGAACGGGGAUAUAGUUCUAGCGAAGAAGAAAUACCCGCGAGACCGGUUGACAGUCAUGUGUUUGCAUCUCUUUUAGCUCAAGCACAACAAGAAUAUUCGAGUAUUGAAAGAUCGUAUAGAUCAGAUGAUACUGAAGAUGCUGUAACAACCGAUAAUCCAACAACACCAUUUCCAACACCUCCACCAACGAUGGUUUCACCGAGAUCACCAUUACCGAUGCAUAGACAAGCAUCUCCGUUUCCAUUGGAGAAUACAAAUACAAGAAGGAUUAUUUAUGCGACGCCUCAAGAUAGGAUUCGAGGAAAUAAUGGUGAAGUUGUUUAUGCAAGCUCUAAAAAGAUUCCAUCAAAUAACACUAUUAACCGAAGUGGUCGAAGACAUGGGAGAGGUCCAGGUGGAAUGACAUCGUCAAGCAGUGCAACUUCUUGUAAUAGUUGCGCUGAUGGUGGAGGAAAUGGUCGCAAUGACCUUAACUUUCAUGGUGAUCAACAAAGGAUUUGUCUUGAUAAUGAUGUCAACGAAGAAUCGCCGCCCGAACCCGCGCCACCUGAAGUACCCCCAAGGGGGCCUUCUUUACACUCUGCCACUUUACGAAGAAGAACAGAAUACAGUAUUCCAGUGACAGAUACAAAUCAAGCGUCGCAAGAAUCUCAAUUCCUAACAACGCAGGGCG